AUGUUGCCGCGCCACGUGGUGGACGUUUUGAUGGCCAUGGAGAGGAUCUGCAGCGGCUCUCGGGCCACCGACGCGGCGGCGGCGCAGCGGACAGGCCCCCGAGGCAGCGGGCUGCGCAGCGCACGUGUGCAGGCCGCCGCGCCGGGGGGCCCGGCGCACAGCGGCGAGGGUCAGAGCCCAGAGCGGCAGUCCAUCAUGUACAUGAUGGGCGACCUUGGCAACUUGAUGUGGGGCCACCUGGAUGAGAUCGACGCCCCCGGCCUCGCAUACUGCAUCUGGUGCUGGGCGCGGCUGUCGUGGCACCCCGACCCCCAGCUGCUCUCUGAGGUCGCCCGCCGCUUCGCAACCCCGGCGAGCCUCGACGCCCUGCGGCCAGCGGAGCUCGCUCGCGGCAUCUGGGGCCUCUCGGCGCUCGGCGCGCUGGGCGCCGCCGAGCUGGCGCGGCUCGCGCCGCGCGUGCGGGAGCUGGCGUCAGAACUGGACGAGCAGCAACUGCUCGCGGUCUCGCGCGCGCUCGAGGCGGCCACGGCGCCGGGUGAGGGCGCCGGUGGGGCCGGGGCCGCUGACGUGGCGGCGCUCGUGGCGGAGCUGUCGGCGCGCGCGGAGCAGCUGCGGUCAGCUGGGGUUUGA